AUGGCAGCUCGCUCCCGAAUGCGUCUGUUCUCAGCUCUCCGUGGCCUUUCGACGCGCCGCUUUGCGACUGAGUCGCGGCUAACCUCGGACCAUGUCCGCAUCGUCGAAGUUGGCCCUCGGGACGGCCUACAGAAUGAAAAGAAGUCUAUCUCAAAAGAGACAAAAAUCCAGCUCAUUGAGCGACUGGCUAACACGGGCGUGACCACCAUCGAGGCCGGUUCUUUUGUCCCGGCCAAAUGGGUACCUCAGAUGGCGAGUACAGCCGAGAUCUGUGAGCAUCUGCUCACCUCGCCUCCCCUGUCACAGCAUGCCAUCACGUACAACUACCUCGUCCCCAACGUGAGGGGACUGGAGAAUCUAGUCAAGAUCAUGGAGGGCACAGGCGUGCCGGCUGAAUCGGCGGGCUCGGCAUCGAAACCAGCAACCACAACGGAGGUGUCACUCUUCGCAGCAGCCACCGAGGCGUUUUCCAAAGCCAACACCAACUGCACCGUAGCAGAAUCGCUCGAGCGCAUCAAGCCGAUUGUCGCGCUGGCCAAAACCAAGAACAUCCGAGUGCGCGGGUACGUCUCGGUGGCCCUGGGCUGUCCCUACGAAGGCCCGGAGGUCAACCCUUCCAAGGUGGCCGAUAUUACCGCCACGCUCCUGGAGAUGGGUGCCGACGAGGUGUCGGUGGCGGACACCACGGGUAUGGGGACCGCUCCGCGGACGAUGGAGCUGUUGCAGACGCUCAAGGCAGCUGGUAUUGCCAACACGGACCUGGCGCUACAUUUCCACGAUACCUAUGGGCAGGCUCUAGUCAACACGAUUGUAAGUCUGGAGCAUGGCGUCCGGAUUUUCGAUAGCAGUGUUGGCGGACUGGGUGGCUGUCCGUAUUCCAAGGGUGCCACGGGAAAUGUGGCAACCGAAGAUCUCAUCCACACAGUUCAUAGUCUGGGAAUGCACACGGGGAUUAAUCUGGAGGAAAUGUCGCGCAUUGGGUCGUGGAUCAGCGAAGUGUUGGGCCGGGAGAACGCAAGCCGAGCAGGGAAGGCGACGCUGGCUCGUCUCUCGGAAUGA